AUGGACAGUGGGGCUCGCUCUGCGAGAAAUGGGCUGUUCCAAGAACUUAAGCCUUGCUGCGUGGAGCUCAGCCAGCUAGCUCUCCGAGACGAUGGGAGCUCGAAUAGUACAAAAUCCCUGACAGAGUCGACGAACAAGCUCCUGAUUAUACUUGAACAAAAGUGCAUGCGGGUUGACGAUGUCUUCGACGAGAAGUUAGCAGACUAUGUCUUCUUUCCGCUCUCCCAAACCCUCAAGAGGAAACAAAAAUACACCGAUCGAUUGUCCGAGUUGACGAUAAAAUGCCUCAGAAUAUUACUCGAGUAUGGCUGGAGGCGGUCGAUUGCUUUGGAUCUUGCCAGGCAGCUCAUAAUUCUUCUAGCUUUCGUUGCUGGAGGCCCCCCCGAUCAGAAGCCUGCUACGAUAUCGGAAGAGUUAGCAGCGGAAGCAUAUGGAGCACUCGCGGCAUUGUUCAAAGACAUGAAAGUCACACCUGGGGGAGCUGCUGCUUUAGUAGAGACCGGCACUAUUCCAGCAUUGGGACACUGCGUCACUGUGAUAUUGGACGGGAUUACAGAUGGAUCAUCCGUCGAAGUACAACUGCAAGCUUUAAGAGCUUUAGAUGCGCUGUGGAGAUGCAUCAAAGACUCGCAAGCUCUCGCAACAUUUCUUCCGGGAACUAUUUCUGGGCUGACCAAGUUCCUAAUGCCCGGUACGGCCAGCAGGAGGUCACGUAAAAAUCUCGUUACUGCUUUAGAAGUCUUGGAGCAAGUUCUGAUUUCGAUUUUGAGCGAUAUACGGACCCGAACCAUCAGAGACAAAUUGCCUGAAGAACCAGCUGCAAGUAGCGCUGAGCAGAAGGUUCUUACCAAGCCAUGGCUUAAAGCAACUACAGCGCAAAUCAAACUUGCACUCUCCAGCAUCAUUAGACUACGUAAGCACGAUGCUGCAGACGUUCGAGAAGCUCUGAACAGGCUAUGCCUCACCAUCCUAGACGAGUGUCACGCUACCUUGUCCGAUUCGGCUUCACUGCUGGUAGAGACCUGCAUGAUCCUGGAUGGGAUUGAUCAAGAAGAUGAUCUGAAUGCCAGGAAAACUACACUUUCAGAUCUUGCAUCUAUCCACCCUGAUAUUGGCGAACUUGUGAAAAAUACAUCAUACAACUGGGUUACCAGUCUACCAAGGAUCAUGCAAACCAAUGAUGAAUCUGCCAAGAACUCUGCACUUCAGCAGUUGUCUAGAGCAAAUUGUUUACUCAAACAGCUCAAAUCAGAUUCCUCAAUACUCGAGGAUGCUCUUGGAAGCUCACUCAGGGACAGCAUUACUGUCACCUUGGAAGCAUCCCCAGCUCCAAAAGGAUUGGAAGAGGCCGAUUUUGACAUGAACAGUCAAGCUGCCUUGACCUUGGUCGCGGACAAUGCACUUUCUACUCAAUUUCGACCAGUUGUUUUAGGCGAGCAGAGCCAGCGAGAGACCCGGAAAAAACUCAUAGAAUUAUUAGAUUCACUCGGUACGCGAGAGUCACAGAUAAACAUGGCUGGCGAGAUGCUAGAAUACGUUCGUGGUGCAUCUGGGCAGAGUCUACUCGCAGCAUAUUGGCUUUCUUUUCAGGUUCUGAAAUCCUCGGCAUCGAAAAAUGAAGAUAUUGACGAAUUCUUCGAUUCUGCCGUUACUCUGGCUGACGAGCAAGAAGCCAUGAAUGAAGAAUUGAUGUCCUAUUCGCAAUCUAUUCUUGCCAAUACCGAUGGGAAUGCAUACGAUUGGCGCAUGCAGGCCAUCGCAUUAGAGGUGGUAGCAGACCGAGCCCAGCGGCUGAAAGAGAGCUUUCGCCCAGAACUCAUCGACACGCUCUACCCAGUUGCCUCACUCCUUGGCUCAUCAAAUGACCGGCUAAGAGAGCAUGCGAUCACAUCUCUCAACAUCAUAUCCAAAUCUUGCGGACACAACAACGCCAGCGAGCUUAUAGUCGACAACGUGGAUUAUAUGGUCAACGCCGUUUCCCUCCGUCUCAACACCUUCGACAUAUCCCCUCAAGCGCCCCAAAUUCUAGUAAUGAUGAUCCGCCUCGCGGGCCCCUCCUUGCUCCUAUACCUGGACGACGUAGUAGGCUCCAUCUUCGCCGCCCUAGACAACUUCCACGGCUACCAACGCCUCGUCGACGUGCUCUUCUCCGUUCUCGACGAAAUCGUCAAAGUAGGCUCCACAGCCCCCCAAUUCCAGCUCCCCGCUCCCCCCGAACCAGAGCAAGCCCCACCACUCCUCACAAUCGCAGACAUCGCCUCCCUCAUAACACCCAAACCCCCAUCCCCCUCCCUGGAACACGAAGAAUUCCCCCGCCAGCCCUGGAAAUCCGCACAAACUCUCCUUGACGAAGCAGCCGCGGCAGCAGCAGACCCCGCUUCCGACACCGAAGAAGAAGCCCCACCUCCACCACAAGACCUCGCGCCCGCCCUGCCAUCGAAAACUCACCUCCUACUCCAUGCCAUAACAUCCCACGCCCAACACCACCUAACAUCCUCAUCCCCCCUCCUCCGCCACAAACUCCUCACCCUAAUAAACACCUCCACCCUCUCCCUCUCCAACUCCCCCUCAUCCUCAUCCACGGCCUUCCUCCCGCUCAUAAACGACAUCUGGCCAGUCCUCCUCCCCCGCAUUCACGACCCCGAACCCUACGUCUCCCUCGCAGCCAUGUCCACCAUCCGCACCCUCUGCCUAACCUCCGGCCCCUUCCUCGCAACCCGGAUAGCCGUCGAAUGGGCCUCCCUGCUCGCCUUUGCGCGGAAAACCAAAACCGCAGCCCUAGCAGAGAAAAAAAGCAAAAGGGGCGUUUUUGGCGAGGGGCAGCGCAUGUGGGAAGGCGUGGUUGGGUUGCUGUGUGCGGUCGUAAGGUAUGUGGGCGUCGAGGAGCAGGGGUUUGCAGAUGUGCUGGAGGUGCUGGGGAGCGAGGUUUGGGAGCGAGAUGGAGUGAGGGAGGAUUUGAGCAAGGAAAGGGGGAAUGGAGACUGGGUUUGGUUGGUUUGUUAUGAGGCGGGGAGGGAGAGGGAGGGCAUUAGGGAAAGACCUAAGGGGGUUGGGGAGUUUGAGUUUAUUGAUUUGGAGCAGGUUGCAUAG